AUGGAUUCUUUCACCAACCUCGUCUCGGGUAUCGGCCACCGCAUCUCGGACAUUGUCAAGGGCGAGGACCACGAGCAGCACGCUCAUCAGCUCAAUGUCCAGGACCAAAACGAGAACCGCAACCCCUUGCUCGACGACGACGAGGAGGUUGAGGAUGCCGCCAUCGAAGCCGCACGUCAAGAAUACGAGUCCAUCAAGCCCUCGGCCCAAUUCAAGGCCGGACCUGUCCUCCGCUUCCAGAAUAUCGAAGUUGAUCGUCGUCGCUGGAAGGGUUCUGCCCUGAUUGUCACCGAGCGCCAGGAUCCUCCUAACUUGGUCAUCCGUGACCCCACAAAGACCAACCUCGGCUUGGCGCGCCCACAUCUCCUGGACACCUGGGAGGGCAACCACUUUUACAGAUACGACAUCCAGUUGACGCUCCUGAGCCAUCGUGAGAAGAACAUCGAGUACUGGUUCGAGACCGAGCAUGGCAGUCGCGUCCAUAGCCCUCAAAAGUGGAACUUCUUCGUCCCUGCCUUGGACGAGCCCUUCAACUGGGCCUUCUACUCCUGCAACGGAUUCACCUCCGAUGUCGAAGAUCCCGAGACGAACUUCCAUGGCGCCAACCCCUUGUGGGACGAUCUCUUGGGUGCCCAUGACGGCAAGCCCUUCCAUGCGAUGGUUGGAGGAGGUGACCAGAUUUACAACGAUGAUGUCCUCGCAACUCCUGAGAUGGUCGAAUGGCUGGCGAUGGACGGGGAUGAGAGAGUCGCGAUCGAGUUCACGAACGACAAGCGCUACGCGGUCGAGAAGUACUACUUUGACCACUAUGUCCAGCACUUCAGCACCGGAACCUACUCCAAGGCCCUUUCCCUGAUUCCAUCGGUCAACUCAUGGGAUGACCACGAUAUUCUUGACGGCUACGGCUCCUACCCCGCCCACUACCAGCUGUGCAAUGUUAUGCAGGGUAUCGGUGCUGCCGCCGCGCGCUUCUACCUCCUGUUCCAACAGCACGCCAACCGCAACACUACCGCCAAGGCCGGUCUCAGCACCUCGUCCUCGGGCAAGGGCUGGAGCGCCAUCACCCACUUUGGAAAGCGCACCCUCGUCGUCCUCCCUGACACACGUUCCGAGCGUAGCAAGGAGCUGAUUCUCUCGAAUGAGACCUACGAGAUGUUGGACCGCGAGAUCCGCCAGCAGUUGUUGCCAACAACCCGCCACUUGGUCAUCGUCUUGGGAACUCCAUUGGUUUACCCCGCCUUGACCUUGUUCGAGGACACCCUCGAGGCCAUGGGAGACGCCUUGUCGAGGGACAGUAUCAUCGGCAAGGUCUUUGGAAAGAACAAGGCGUUCCAGAACGUCUUGGGACACUUCGGACCUGAGCUGUUGGAUGACUUGGUUGACUCGUGGGCCUGCAACAUCCAUACCGACGAGAAGAAGAGGCUGGUUGAGCUUUUGCAGAGCAUUGCUAAGUCUCACAACGUCCGCGUCACCUUUGUCGGAGGCGAUGUCCACAUCGGAGGUGCCGGCCGCCUGUUCUCCACCGACAGCACGGAUCCUCUUCGCGACCCUUACCACAUGACCCAGAUCGUCUCCUCGGCUAUUGUCAACGGACCUCCACCCAGUGCUGUCAUCCAUGCCCUCCAUAGCUCUUCAAAGACCUACGCCUUGAACGACUUCACCUCCGAGGAGAUGACAGAGAUCUUCAACCAGGACGUCACGGGCGAUGCUCUGGAGCACAAGAAGUUGUUGAACCGUCGCAACUGGUGCGAGGUCCGCGAGCUCUCCGGCAUGGAACUCGAAUUCACAAUCCGUGUCGAGAAUCUUGACCAUGUCGGAACCAAGAAGUACCCCGUCUUGGUCGACCGCCUCGAGUCUGUCGAGCGUGAGCAGUAA